CUGCCGGGCGACCCGGAAGUGCUCCCAUUUUGCAUCGUCGGGCCUCGGCGGCGGCCGGGCUCGGGGCGGACGUGCCACCAUGGGGUCGUCGAAGAAGCAUCGCGGGGAGAAGGAGGCGGCCGGGACGACGGCGGCGGCCAGCACCGGAGGCGCCACCGAGCAGCCGCCGCGGCACCGGGAGCACAAAAAACACAAGCACCGGAGCGGCGGCGGCGGCAGUAGCGGCGGCGAACGACGGAAGCGGAGCCGGGAGCGUGGGGGCGAGCGCGGGAGCGGGCGUCGCGGGGCCGAGGUCGAGGCCCGCAGCGGCGCGCACGGGCGGGAGCGCAGCCAGGCAGAGCCCUCCGAGCGGCGCGUGAAGCGGGAGAAGCGCGAUGACGGCUACGAGGCCGCCGCCGGCUCCAAAACGAGCUCAGGAGAUGCCUCGUCACUCAGCAUCGAGGAGACCAAUAAACUCCGGGCAAAGUUGGGGCUGAAACCCUUAGAGGUCAACGCUGUCAAGAAGGAGGCGGGCACCAAGGAGGAGCCCGUGGCAGCCGAUGUCAUCAAUCCCAUGGCCUUGAGACAGCGAGAGGAGCUACGGGAGAAGCUGGCAGCCGCCAAAGAAAAGCGCCUCCUGAACCAGAAGCUGGGGAAGAUAAAGACACUGGGGGAGGAUGACCCGUGGCUGGACGACACCGCGGCCUGGAUUGAGCGGAGCCGGCAGCUUCAGAAGGAGAAGGACUUGGCGGAGAAGAGGGCCAAACUGCUGGAGGAGAUGGACCAAGAGUUUGGUGUCAGCACUCUGGUAGAGGAGGAGUUUGGGCAGAGGCGGCAGGACCUGUACAGUGCCCGGGAUCUCCAGGGCCUCACCGUGGAGCACGCUAUCGAUUCCUUCCGAGAGGGGGAGACUGUGAUCCUCACCCUCAAGGACAAAGGUGUGCUGCAGGAGGAGGAGGAUGUCCUGGUGAACGUGAACCUAGUAGAUAAGGAGCGGGCAGAGAAAAACGUGGAGCUACGGAAGAAGAAGCCCGACUACCUGCCGUAUGCGGAGGAUGAGAGCGUGGACGGCUUGGCCCAGAAACCCCGCUCCAUCCUGUCCAAGUACGACGAGGAGCUCGAGGGCGAGCGGCCGCACUCCUUCCGCUUGGAGCAGGGCGGCACCGCUGACGGCUUGCGGGAACGGGAGCUGGAGGAGAUCCGGGCCAAGCUGCGGCUACAGGCUCAGUCCCUGAGCACAGUUGGGCCCCGGCUCGCCUCCGAGUACCUCACACCCGAGGAGAUGGUGACCUUUAAAAAGACCAAACGGAGGGUGAAGAAGAUUCGCAAGAAAGAGAAGGAGGUGGUCGUGCGGGCCGAUGACUUAUUGCCUCUUGGGGACCAAACUCAAGACGGGGACUUUGGUUCCAGAUUGCGGGGCCGGGGUCGGCGCCGAGUGCCUGAGGCAGACGAGGAGGCCCCAGAGGAGGAGGAGAAGGAGCCGGCGCCUCAGCCCUCGCAGUCGGAUGACACCCGCGUGGAGAACAUGGACAUCAGCGAUGAGGAGGAGGCUGGAGGCGCGCAGGCCGGGUCCCCAGAGGCGCUGGAGGAGGACGAGGCGGAGCUGGAGCUACAGAAGCAGCUGGAAAAGGGGCGCCGCCUGCGGCAGCUGCAGCAGCUGCGGGACAGCGGCGAGAAGGUGGUGGAGAUUGUGAAGAAGCUGGAAGCCCGCCAGCGGGGCUGGGAGGAAGACGAGGACCCCGAGCGGAAGGGGGCCAUCGUGUUCAACGCCACGUCUGAGUUCUGCCGCACGCUGGGGGAGAUCCCCACCUACGGGCUGGCGGGCAACCGGGAGGAGCAGGAAGAGCUCAUGGACUUUGAACGAGACGAGGAACGCUCGGCCAACGGCGGCUCUGAGUCCGACGGGGAGGAGAACAUCGGCUGGAGCACCGUCAACCUGGACGAGGAGAAGCAGCAGCAGGAUUUCUCUGCCUCCUCCACCACCAUCCUGGACGAGGAGCCCAUCGUGAAUAGAGGGCUGGCAGCUGCCCUGCUGCUGUGUCAGAACAAAGGGCUGCUGGAGACCACGGUGCAGAAGGUGGCCCGGGUGAAGGCGCCCAACAAGUCCCUGCCGUCGGCCGUGUACUGCAUCGAAGACAAGAUGGCCAUCGACGACAAGUACAGCCGGCGGGAGGAGUACCGAGGCUUUACCCAGGACUUCAAGGAGAAGGACGGCUACAAACCCGACGUUAAGAUUGAGUAUGUGGACGAGACGGGCCGGAAACUCACGCCCAAGGAGGCUUUCCGGCAGCUGUCCCACCGCUUCCACGGGAAAGGCUCAGGCAAGAUGAAGACUGAGCGGCGGAUGAAGAAGCUGGACGAGGAGGCGCUCCUGAAGAAGAUGAGCUCCAGCGACACGCCCCUGGGCACAGUGGCUUUGCUCCAGGAGAAGCAAAAGGCCCAGAAGACCCCGUAUAUCGUGCUCAGUGGCAGCGGCAAGAGCAUGAACGCGAACACCAUCACCAAGUGAAUCCGAUCUCCCUUCCGAUCCCCUCCCUGACUUUAAUAUUAAAUAAAGUUCCCUCCUUAUUUUUUC